CCAUUCAACACCAAAAUGUCUACAGCAACCAUCCCCCCCUUCUACAACUUCUUCUUCAAAUAUGUCGACCCUCUCAUCGCCCUCGGAGGAGCCUACCUCAACUUCUUUGACCCAAUCAGCGCUGUAACCGGCAUGGCUCCCAAUUCGAAAUACGACCCAGACCAGGUCUUUCUCUUCCAUCAGAGUGGUGGCCUCGCGUUGGCCGUUGCCUUUAUCUCAGCCGUCCUCCCUCGACACACGACGAAUGUCACAACUUGGAGAAUCAUUCAGUUUGGUUUGUUCCUCUCUGAC